AGAUACUGAAAUUGAUGAUCUCAGGAGGCGUAAAGAUGCUGAAAUCGAUGAUCUUAGGAGGUAUAAAGAUGCCGAAAUUAGUAGCCUGCGAGGUAUAAUAAUGAUACAGAACGCUGGAGAGGGAGGCAUGGUUGUGCCAUUCGUCAAGCUCAGAAUUGGAAAGACCGAUAUAAGGAUGAAACUUUGGGACAUCAAAAAUAGCAUGGUGUAUCCCAAAAAUUGGAAGGGGUGA